AUGCCUCCAGGUGACUGCACUCGAAGACGAGGUUAUACAGAAUCUUCACUUCUGAAGCUUCCCACAGAGGAGUGCAUUGGGAACCAUCAUGCACCUUUCCAGUUUGACCGGCAUGCUUUGGCCAGGAUUUCCACUUCUCCAACUUUAAGGCGCCUAAGGAUGGCCUCUGCCUCAGAAGCACUGUCAUUCCAGGACUGCUCUGACACAGCCCAGCCAGGGAAUCAAAAGGAAUACACUGGCUCUCUCCACCACAUUUGUAAGAGUCCACCUCGGUGCACUACUGCUUCCUCAUUGUCAUUGCCCUCUUGUGUUCAUGCAAAACUACUCUCUUCCAAAACCAAGACUGAGACAGCUACAGCAGACCCAGAGUCUCCUGACCCCGCAUCAAAGAUUCCAAGCCAAAAAGAUCAUCUCAGCAAUGGCAGUCCCAAUGAGACACUCCAAAAGCCUUGGAAAGCCAAUUCUGCUACACUGCCUAGGAGAUUCCCCCGCCACAGCCCUACACCACAGGCGGAGGCCCAGGUAAGAGGAGUAGGAUGA